UCAACAAUGCUGCAAGAUUCAGUUAUUAUCCUGCAUUUCGGCAGAAAGUAUCUGCGUUAUAUAUAAGGAACUGAUUUCUUGAUCUGGAUGAUUAAUAAAGUUUAAGGUGAAAAUGACGAUGGAAAAAGUAGUUGAAGAGAAUGGAAAGAAGAGUGGGGAGGAGUACACAGAAGAUGGAACAGUUGAUCUCAAGGGUAAUCCGGUGCUGAGAUCGAAUACAGGGAGAUGGAGAGCUACUUAUUUCAUUAUAGCGUAUGAAGCAUUUGAGAGGAUGGCGUUUUAUGGAAUCUCGACAAAUCUGGUGUUGUAUCUAACAAAGAAGCUGCAUGAAGGAACUGUGAAAUCUUCAAAUAAUGUCACCAACUGGGUUGGCACUGUCUGGCUUACUCCCAUUCUGGGUGCCUACAUAGCCGAUGCUCAUCUCGGCCGAUAUUGGACUUUCAUCAUUUCAGCCAUCAUCUAUCUCGGGGGCAUGUGCUUGCUAACUCUAGUAGUUUCACUAAAAUCUCUCCGGCCACCGUCUUGCGGCGGCGAUAUAAAAGAUGUGAACUGUAACAAACACGCCUCACCAUUUCAAGUGGGUAUUUUCUACUGUGCACUGUACAUAAUUGCACUGGGGACCGGGGGGACCAAGCCCAAUAUCUCAACUAUGGGUGCAGACCAGUUUGAUGAAUUUGAGCCCAAAGAAAAAGCCCAAAAGAUGUCAUUCUUCAAUUGGUGGGUCUUUAGUGUCUUCUUUGGCACACUCUUUGCCAGCACCUUCUUGGUCUACAUCCAAGAUCAUGCAGGCUGGGGACUUGGAUAUGGGCUUCCCACAAUUGGGCUCUUUUUGUCAAUAUUGGUGUUUUUAGUGGGCUCACCUUAUUAUAGACACAAGCCUGCCUCAGGAAGCCCAAUUACUAAGAUGGCUAGAGUCCUUGUGGCCACUGUUAGAAAAUGGAAUGUGGCUGGCCCAAGUGAUCCAAAAGAACUUCAUGAGUUGAAUCUUGAUGAAUAUUCAAAACCUGGAAAAUAUAGAAUUGACCACUCUGCUUCAUUAAGGAUACUAGAUAAAGCGGCCGUUGCGGAUGGAGUGAGCCCUCCUUGGAUGCUAUGCACAGUGACUGAAGUUGAAGAAACAAAACAAAUGGUGAAAAUGGUGCCAAUUUUGUUGUGUUCAUUCUUACCUAGCACCCUGUUAGCUCAGGGACAAACUCUCUUCAUCAAGCAAGGUGCCACUCUUGUUAGAAGCAUUGGCCCUCAUUUCGACAUUCCUCCAGCAUCUCUGAUAGCCUUUGUCACAAUCUUCAUGCUGAUCAGUGUCGCGAUCUAUGAUAAGUUCCUGGUUCCUGCACUACGAAGAUACACCAAAAAUCCAAGAGGGAUCACAAUGCUGCAGAGAAUGGGAAUUGGCCUAGUGAUACAAGUCAUAAUCAUGAUCAUUGCUUCCAUUAGUGAACGAAAACGCUUAAGUGUGAUUAAAGAACAUGGUAUCACGGAGAAAACUCAGAUUGUUCCGUUGAGCAUUUUCAUAUUACUUCCUCAAUAUGGCCUAAUGGGGGUGGCUGAAACAUUCUGGGAAGUUGGGAGGCUGGAAUUCUUCUAUGAUCAAGCUCCGAAAAGCAUGAAAAGCUUCGGGACAGCCUAUUACACAACUAGCUUGAGUAUGGGGUAUUUUCUCAGCAGUUUUAUACUAACAACUGUGGCUAAUUUCACUAAAAGGCAUGGCCACAAGGGGUGGAUUCUGGACAACUUGAACGUCUCUCGCUUAGACUAUUUCUACGCGUUUUAUGCUGUUCUCAGCUUUAUUAACCUCUUGUUCUUCCUGCUCGCUGCAAAAUACUUUGUUUACAACAAAGAAGACGAAUAUGCCACAUUAGAGCUGGAAAACCUCAAGGAUUCUUCUGAUAAGAAUGCUCUCUUGAAAGAUGAAACAAUGUAGUAAGUAUUUUUUCGACAACGAUAAAAAUAUUUAUCUGAUGUACUCUUCUAUCUCACUAAGUACAACUUGUAUGCAAGUUCUGAUUAAUUUUGAAAAGAUCGAUUCCCAAGCCCGCACGAUUUUAUCUUUGGGUCCUCCUAAAAAGUCUCAUACUGAUGGAGUUCUUUGACGGCUUAUAAUCAAGACAAAUUUUUUAAUCUUUACGAUGUUGGACUUGGUUGACAACACAGAUCAUACGAGUACUAUGUCAGACCUGAUUGUUA